AACAAAAAGAAGGAGGGAAAGGAAAGGAAAUUAUUUGCAGCCACCAGAUGUGAGUGUUGCACAUGCAGGUCUUGAACUGCAAAGGGCUUGGAGUUUCUCACCUUUUGGCUUGCCGCUCCAUCGCCCAGGUUGAAGCUCUGAUCCAGAUCAACCAGGACCCCCCACCCCUGCAUUGCUCGCUUGGGGAGCCCUGUGCUGUGGCCCUUGGGAAGCUGUCAUUCAUCAGAAAGACCUCUGGGGGGCAGGAAACUUUCAGGCUUCGACUGCCUGGUGGCUCUGCUGGGUUGCUAUGGCCACUUCUCUUGCAGCACAAACUUCGGUGCCUGGGCUGAGUGUAGAUGACCGCACCAGGGCCCUGCGGUCCCACUGGGACAGACCCCCUCAGUGCCCUGGAUUGGAGCCCCCUGAGCUUCCAAUGGCAGAUCCAAGGUGCGCUGGAACUGGAAGAUGCGGGCAGGGCUGGCCGGAGAUCUCCUGGGAGAUCCAUGCCUCAUCAUAAGGGCAGCCUCUUGAUGUCGUGAUGACCUCAGGAGCCCGGCCAGGGUCCCUCAGCCCUGCUCCACGGAAGGGCCACACCAGCAGGGCUGCUUCGGGGACGGUGGUGACAAGGGAGGAGAAGCGGAAGGAACAGCCCCCUCGGAAUCACCUCCGCUCCCAGGUGUUAAGAACAGAAACACGAGCCUGGACAGAAGACGAGAUGCCCAUCGUUAAAUACCCCCGAAGAGUUGACCCCCUGUGGCACGAAUGGGAUCGGAAGGCGCAGAAGUGCGGAUUGAGGCACACGGUUUACGCCGUGAACGGAGACCGCUACAUCGGGGAAUGGCUGGACAACCUCAAACACGGCAAAGGAACUCAAAUAUGGAAAAAAUCCGGAGCGAUCUACAGCGGAGACUGGAAAUUCGGAAAACGGGACGGCUUCGGGACUUACAGUAUUCCAGACCCCGUGACAAAAGAUUAUAAGAAAGUAUAUUCCGGCUGGUGGAAAAAUGACAAAAUGUGGGGCUACGGAGUCAAGUUCUACUCCGACGGAGAAUAUUACGAGGGCGAAUGGGCCUGGGGGAAGCGACAUGGCUGGGGGCGGAUGUACUACAAAGACGGGGCCAUCUACGAAGGCCAGUGGUCCGAAGAUAUGCCCGGCGGUCAAGGGAUGUUCCGCUGUAAAAAUGAAAACCGCUACGAAGGUACAUGGAAAGACGGAAAGAAGCACGGCCCGGGAAAGUUUAUCUAUCUAGAUACCGGCCAACUCUACGAAGGAUACUGGGUGGCAGACAUACCAAAAUGUGGCACCAUGAUUGAUUUUGGCCGGGACGAAGCUCCGAUGCCCACUCAAUAUCCCAUCCCCAAGGUUGAGCUGGCGGAUGCAGACGGAGUCAUAGAAGAAGCUGUUCUGAUAUUACAGAACGCCGAAAUAUUCACUUCUCAGCUCCAGAACGAACGGGGUUGACUUUAAUCCUCACAGACAUUUCUCCGGUCAAAAUUGCUUUUUAACAGAAAAGACUCUCUGAUAGAUGCCAUUCCUUGGAAUAUAUUAUCCUGGCUGUCUUUUGGCCUUUUCCUUGGUUAUUUUUUCCCCCCGUAGGCGGGGGUAGUUUAGCAGCUGAAUCGGAGGGAUGGAUAGGAGACCAAGCGGAGAUUCCGGGCUAAUUUAAACCCAAAGGUCUCUGGAUCAAUUAGGACCGUAAAGGAGUGGACAGAGUCGUCCACUUACGACAAUGGGAACUAGAAUUCCCGUGGCGAAGCAAAGCGAUGCUUAAAAGUGAUUCGCGCCUGGAUUUUCUGACCUCUUCUGCCACGGUUGUGAAAUGGACCGCGGCAGCCGUAAACUGAAUCACGCGGUCGUUAAGCAAAUCUGACUUUUCCCAUCGACGUUGCUCGUCGGAAGCCGGUUGGGUAAGGUCCCGAAUGGGGGAUUACGUGACCCUGGAAUGGUACAACCAUUUAAAAUACCGGUUGGUAGGCAAGCAGCUGAAUUUUGAUCGUACGGGGAUGUUGCUAUGGUCCUAAGUGUCAACACCGGUUGUCACUUUUUUCAGCAGUAUGGUAAAAACCGCUUAAGUCUAACCAUAUACUCCAAGCCACCAUGUCAAGAGCCUUUAAAAAAUGUUGGAACUGUUAUUACUAUUUUUUUAGACCAACCAACCUCAGAUUUAUCACUAUCACAGUCUGUGUGGGUGCAAAAAACAAACAAACAAACCCCAAGAUCAAAAUCCAUCCGGCCAAAAUGUGAAGUUUUGCCUGAGUGAAAACGGUUAGAAACCUCUACAGCGAUGCUAAAUAUUUUGCUUCCCCCACCUACCCUCCCCGCCCCACCACGCGAAGGUUCAAAAUCAGCAGUUGAAAAGCGGGGGGGGGGAGGGGGGAAACCCCCGACAUGCUUUCCCGAAAACAGAGGAAAAAGUUCACCUACCACAAAAGUAAACUGGAAAAAAUAGUUUUAAUUUUCCUAUUUUCAUUUCUAGUCAUCUGGGCAUCUGCUGAGCAAACGUUCACGGCCUUCAAAGAAAAGUGAUUACAAAAAUGCACAGAACUCUCACACACACACCUCAGUUCAAACGAUGUGCAUGGCAGAAUCCUCUUUCUACUUAUUGUGUUAAAGGUAAAAGUUCCCCUCGCACAUGUGUGCUAGUCAUUCCCGACUCUAGGGGGCGGUGCUCACCUCCGUUUCAAAGCUGAACAGCCAGCGCUGUCCGAAGACGUCUCCGGGGUCAUGUGGCCGGCAUGACUCAACGCCAAAGGCGCACGGAACGCUGUUCCCUUCCCACCAAAGGUGGCCCCUAUUUUUCUACUUGCCUUUUUUACCUGCUUUCAAACUGCUAGGUUGGCAGAAGCUGGGACAAGACACGGGAGCUCACCCCCGUUACGGCGCUAGGGAUUCGAACCGCUGAACUGCCAACCUUCCGAUCGACAAGCUCAGCGUCUUAGCCACUAAGCCACCAUGAUUUACUGUGUUAGUUUUUGCAAAAUGCGGGAGAAUGCGGCUGAAAGGACCGAUUUGACACUGUCCUAGCAAAUUUUGCCAAGGGACAAUAACAAUAAUGAAGUUAUGAUUAUAACAGUCUAGAGAAAAAGAGGACUAGGGGGUGAUAUGAUAGCAAUAUUCCAAUAUUUCAGGGGCUGCCCCAAAGAAGAGGGAGUCGAACUAUUCUCCAAAGCCCCUGAAGGCAGGACAAGAAGCAACGGGUGGAAACUCAUCAAGCAGAGAAGCAACUUAGAACUGAGAAGAAAUUUCCUGACAGUGAGGACAAUUAAUCAGUGGAACAACUUGCCUCCAGAAGUUGUGAAUGCUCCAUCACGAGGUGUUUAAGAAGAGACUGAAAUGGUCUAGAGUCUCCUGCUUGAGUAGGGGGUUGGACUAGAAGACCUCCAAGGCCCCUUCCAGCUCUGAUUAACUGAUUAAUGAGAGGUCCUUGGUGCUCUCUAAGCUUGGUUGUUUUCAUUACCCAACUAGGUAACAUCAUCAUUGCUCCAACAACAUUGCUCCAACACUGGAAAUUUUUAAGAAAACGUUGGAUAAUCAUCUGUCUGAGAUGGUGUAGGGUUUCCUGCCUGGGCAGGGGGUUGGACUAGAAGGCCUCCAAGGUCCCUUCCAACUCUAUUGUUAUAUUAUUAUUAUUAUUAUUAUUAUUAUUAUUAUUAUUAUUAUUAUUAUUAUUAUUAUUAUUAUUAUUAUCAGUGCUCGUCCAAAUAAUCUCUGCCAACAGCAGCAGCAUUUCUCAAUCUUGGCCACUUUGAGAAGGCUGGACUUCAGCUCCCAGAAUCCCCCAGGCAGCAUCUCUUUCCUUUCCUUGUUCUAAUCCUGGCUAACAAUAUUUUCCUAUUUUUCAUCCACUAUGUGGGUUAAGGGAUUGUGUGUGUGUGUGUGUGUGAAACGUUUGUAUAAUUGGGAAGUUUGGAGGUGUUUUUUUUUUUUUAACAUUUCUGAGGAUGCCCAUAAGAAUAAGAUAGGUGGCCAAAGUAUUUUAUAAAGGCAACAACGGCUUCAAAGAACACAAUUGUGAAGACACACAUAGGAGUACAAAUGUGUUUUUCCUAUGGGGACACACCCCGAAAUAGCUCUCCCAAUUCAAACACGCCCGCAUUCCAGAUUUCCAGAGGCUCAUAAAGAGCCUGCGGGAAAAAUUUUUUGAAACCUACCAUGUUUUGACACCAGGAGUCACUAAAAUAAAAAAAUGGAGCAAGGAAACAAAUCAAAAUAAUAAUAAUAAUAAUAAGCUGCUUCUUAGAAGCUGGUUAAAAGAGUGGUUGGGGGAGGCUCUGUGUGUCCCUCUCUUGCCUGUUUUGCUUCAGCUGGUCAGCAAAACCAGACUUUGACCCUGGAUGUUCUCAAGAACUUAAGCCUUCAGGCAACGCACGAUUCCAGCCAACCUGUUAUUUAACCCAAAGGAGUCCAAGGUAGAGUAGAGUAGAGUUAGAAUAGAAUUAGAAUAGAAUAGAAUAGAAUAGAAUUAAUAGAGAAUAGAAUAGAAAAUAGAAUAAAGUUAAUAGAAAAGAACAGAGCAGAAUGGAAUAAGGAAAGAAUAGAAAAUAGAAUGGAAUUAAUAGAAAAAUUCAAGUCUGAUCAUCUUGAAGUUUGGAAUGGAAUGGAAUAGAAUGGAAUAGAAUAGAAUAGAACCAAACCAAACCAAACCAAACCAAACCAAACCAAAAAACAAAAACAGAGUUGGAAGGGACCUUGGAGGUCUUCUAGUCCAACCCCCUGCUUAGGCAGGAUACCCUACACCAUCUCAGACAGAUGGUUAUCCAACAAUUUCUUAAAAACUUCCCCUGUUCACAACUUCUGGAGGCAAGUCGUUCCACUGAUUAACUGUUCUAACUGUCAGGAAAUUUCUCCUUAGUUCUAAGUUGCUUCUCUCCUUGAUUAGUUUCCACCCAUUGCUUCUUGUCCUGCCUUCAGGUGCUUUGGAGAAUAGCUUGACUCCCUCUUCUUUGGGGCAGCCCCUGAGAUAUUGGAACACUGCUAUCAUGUCUCCCCUAGUCCUUCUUUUCAUUAAACUAGACAUACCCAGUUCCUGCAACCGUUCUUCAUAUGUUUUAGCCUCCAGUCCCCUAAUCCUCUUGGUUGUUCUUCUCUGCACUCUUUCUAGAGUCUCCACAUCUUUUUUACACCGUGGCGACCAAAACUGAAUGCAGUAUUCCAAGUGUGGCCUUACCAAGGCAUUAUAAAGCGGUAUAUAAUGCUUCCCACCAAAUCUCUAA